AUACCCCUUCAACUCUUAAAUGGUCAUGGAGACCAGAGAACAUGGACAACUUCCUUUUGAAAGGAAAAGGAGAAUCUACACAGACACAACUAUUUGAUCAGAAAGUAGUAACCAAUGACCAAAGUGAUUAUCUAUGGUACAUGACUACUGUUAAGUUUAAAAAACGAGAUCUAUUUUUGGGUAAAAGCAUGUCUCUUCGCGUCAACAGUACUGCUCAUGCCCUUCACGCUUUUGUCAAUGGAAAACAUAUUGGUAAUCAACACGCUGAGAAUGGAAAAUUUAACUAUGUAUUUGAGAAAGAUGUGAAGUUUAAGUCUGGUCGUAAUGUCAUUGCUCUUCUUAGCAUAACUGUGGGACUUGCCAACUAUGGUGCUUUUUUUGAAAGUAAGCCAGCUGGAAUCACUGGACCCAUUUUUAUUACUGGAAGAAAUGGUGAUGAAACUAUAGUUAAGGACUUGUCUGCUCAUAAAUGGAGCUAUAAAACCGGUUUAAAUGGGUUUGAGAACCAAUUCUUUAGAACGGAAUCAAUGUCUAAAUGGUCAGUUGAAAGUGUACCGUUUAACCGAAGCAUGACUUGGUAUAAGGCUACAUUCAAGGCUCCCUUGGGAAAUGAUCCUGUUGUUGUCGAUCUUAUGGGACUUGGAAAAGGUACAGCUUGGGUUAAUGGAAACAACAUUGGACGUUUUUGGCCGGCAUUCAUUUCAAGCGAAAAUGGUUGUGAUGCAAAAUGUAAUUAUAGAGGAGCUUAUCAUGCUGAAAAAUGUCUAACCAAUUGUGGAGAACCCACACAAAGAUGGUACCAUGUUCCUCGUUCUUUCUUAAAUGGAGAAGGAGAUAACACACUAGUUUUGUUUGAGGAGAUGGGAGGAAAUCCAUCGCUUGUCAGUUUCCAAACUACUAGAGUGGGAAGUGUAUGUGCUAACGUCUAUGAGAAUAAAAUUAUUGAGCUUUCAUGCGAUAGAAAACCCAUUUCUGCCGUCAAAUUUGCAUCAUUUGGUAACCCAUAUGGCAAUUGUGGAUCUUUUGAAAAAGGAACUUGUGAAUCAAGUAACAACACAGUUGAUAUUCUCACACAAGAAUGUGUUGGAAAAGAGAAGUGUUCCAUUGAUGUCUCUACGAAAAAGUUUGGAGAACCAGAUUGCAGUGGUGCUGCUAGAAAGCUCGCUGUCGAAGUUAUCUGCUAA